AUGACUGAAACAGAGAAUGAAAAUACAAAAUCUGACGCUGAGGGCGAUGAAGAUAACGAGCUCAAUGAUUUGGCGAUUCUAAGUAGACAUUCUGUCCUGCAAAUGGAUUCUAGAUUAAUGUGGAUAAGAAACAAAGUGAUGAAGUUCUUGGGGAUAACUGGUCAGGACCUGAAUUUCUAUAAACUUCUAAACGCAAACAAUAGGCAUUUUGAGGAUAAACUUCUUAAUUUUCUGAUACUCGAUCUAUACGGAGUGACGAAUAUCGAGAGAAAGGUGAUCUACUUUUAUGCGACUUACACUACAGAGAUUACUCAGCAAGAGAUAGACGUUUGGGAGAGCAAACAGGCGAACAAACUGGCUGCACUGACAGCCCUCGCGAUGAAAAGGAAAGGUCGUAGAUUAAUCCGAACUGCUGGAAAAAUGGAUUCGGAAUCAAAGAAGAUCAGAAAAAGUAGGAGAAAAAUAAAGAAGAGCAAACAGGAGCGAAAACUCGAUCCACUAGCUCUGUUGAAACAAUUAGAAAUAUCUUCGAUGACUAUUGAAUCUAGUAAAGAAUCAUCGUCCACUGCUGUCAGCGAAGUAAUCGAAAUUGGCGACGAAGAAGAUAAAGAGGACGAGGGUGAAGACGAUGAAGAAGAAGGAGAAUAUCUGAGCUUAAAUUUCGUGCCAUCACCUGAAGAGGAGCACAAAUACAUUCGAACUAAAAAAAUGGUGGAAAAAGUACAGAAAGUUCCUGUUCUCCACAUGAUAUGCGGCGAAUUGGAUGGCAGUAGGAAUGAUUUACACGACGUCACCUUGUUUUAUUUUUUAAGAACAAAGGACGAGGGUAUACCGCCUUUUGAUUCGUACCAAGAAUGCGACGAAGAGAUAACGAAUUACUUGGUUGUCGGAUCUUUGCAAGGAAGAUUUUUGCUAUCGAUGAACAGAAUGCUUGCACAGGUGUUUAAACCACUGGUGGAACAUCAAUUUAGAGGACCGCAAUUUGCAGAAAUUCGGAAAGAACCUACAGACGAGGAGGAGAAUUUAACCGAUAUCCUCCAGGCCCGGAGUUCAAUGCUUAGAAGACCGUCAGAGUUUCGCAGUGUAUCCAUAGCGAUGUCUAAAAAGUUCGAGGCGAGCAGUGGUGAUGAUUUGGUAGAAGAAACAGAGGGAAUGGAAGAAGAGAAACCAGUGGCGCAAGAGAAAAGUAGUAGAUUAAGAACCGAUUUUACAGUAUCUUCAACCUUCGAUCAACCAUCGAGCAAAACAGCAUCCGCCAUAAAAGACAGAGAUGACGUGCGGCGUUCGAUAGAUCGAAGCAAAAACGAUAUCUUGUCAUAUCUGAAGAAACUGAUCACCAAAGUUGAAUGGACGAUAGACCGAAUCGAAGGAGAUCUUUUAUUGACGAUGCCAGAUAUUAUGGAGUUCCAUGAUCCAAAAGUUACAGACGAGAUGCUGGAGAAGAAUAAAAGUGUGAUCGAUCACUUUGAAGAGGUGGUAAUGUCUUGGGGUGGGCAUAUUCAAAAGGUUUUGGAAUCGUUUCACACUAAAGUGCCUGAAGAUAAAGGUCCCCUAGCAGAGAUUGAAUAUUGGCAAGACCGAGAAACGGGAUUGUUAAUGCUGGUGGAGCAAUUAAAAACCCCCAUAGCCAAAAGAAUUUUAGGACUAUUGAAUAGAGUGAUGUCGCCGAUUGCUUCGAAUUUCGAAUUCUUCUACAGUGACUUGUGGAAGGACUAUACCGAAGCAAGGGACAAUAACAAUUUCCUGCAGACUAUUAUAAGACACUUCAAGCUGAUCGCUGAAUCGAGCUCCUUCAAAGCGAUCACCCAAGCCAUUCCAUCGUUAACCGAAGGAUUAAGAAUGAUAUGGAUAUUAUCCCGUUAUUACGCCUCUGAAGACAAGAUGAUGAGUCUCUUGCAAAAGAUCUCCUGGGAGCUGUGUCAAAACGUGAUCAGAAAUCUGGCUACCAAAGAGCUGUUCAAACAGCCAUUGGAAGAGAUUAUCGAGAAGACAGCGGACGCCAGCACGAUGUUGAAGAGCUGGAAAUUGUCUUACUUGGAAUAUCGAAAAGAAAUCGAGGAUUCUGGGAAAGGGAAUCGUUGGGAGUUCGACCAGAAACAAUUGUUUCGCGAAACGGAAUACAUCGCGUCUGUCUGCGAUGGAUUGAACGAAAUCGCCAAUGUUCUUCAAGAUUUUUACAACAUCUUUGGACCUCACUUGAAAUCCAUCAUCAGCGACCCGGCUCAAAUCGACACCAUCAUUAAAAGGGUCGACAGACUGAUUACGCCAAUCCUAGAAGCGGAUUUCAACAUCUUCGACGAGUACCAUCACGACAACUGGGAAGCGACGAUGAUCUGGUUCCUCGAGGAAGUCCGUUUCCUCGAGAACGAGGCGAAAUUCUUCAUCGACGAGUGUUUCAUGACGCUAAUUAGCGCGGAAGAUGGUCUGCAAGUGCUUCUCAAGUUCAAGAGCGUCAAGACCAGACAGACGAUUUAUCAGCAACUGUUGCGGAAGUUUGACGUCAUCAUGCAGCAGUUUAGCAAGGAGAUCAGCAUGGUCGAGGGGAUAUACAACAGAGGAAAACGAAAUCCACCACUGUUAACGUAUCACCCUCCGAUGGCUGGUGCCAUAUACUGGGUGAGGCAAUUAUUUCACCGAUUAAAAAUGCCGGCUCUGACCCUGCAAAGCAUUCCUGAGCUAAAGCACAGCGAACUGAAGAUACUGGCAUUCAGCCAGUACGUAGAGAUAGCCAAACAGAUGAAAAGUUUCGAAGAAUCAAAAUAUCGUACUUGGGCCGACAAAGCGCAAUUUGUAGUGAUGAAUACCAUGAGGAAGAGCAUCCUGAAGAUGGCACGCACUGAGCCAGACAAAGGUUUGUUAAUGUUUCCUGGUGAAGAGGUGACGAAGAAUUUGAAUACUAUUCAAAUGUCGAGGAAAAUGAAGAGCAAACGUUAUGGCUCGACUGGAUCCACCCCUAUGGGUUCGGUUCAGAAAGGAGACGUGUUAUCGAAACCAAGCAUUGAAACGACUAGUUCGGUAGGGGGUGGCUCGAAAGUCCUACCAGCAAAGAAAUCAGACUCUCAAAAGGAUCAGAAAACGUCUGUAUCUUCGUCUAUGGAGAAACAAGGCCCUCAAGGGACGAAGAUCACUUGGAUGGAUUUUAUGAGCGGUUCGAUUCUCGUCGAAUGCCAGCUUCGAUUCGAAGUGAACUUUGAGUGGGAGAUUUUUGAUAUUAUCCGUGAGGCCGAAUUGAUGGAACAAUUGGGCUUCGAAUUGGCUCCCAUAGUGAAAGAAGCUGGCAUUCAGAAAGAUAGAUUGAGAACUGACGUUCAAGCUACUGAAAGAGUGAUUACUCAGUACAAUCAGAUGAUUGAUAAAAUGGACAAAGCUGAUAUAUUGCUAUUAAAGACGAAUUUAUUAGAUAUUGAGAAACAUAUUCAGCCUGGACUGACACGUUUCACUUGGAACUCGUUAAACAUACAAGAUUACAUAAACAAUUGUAAGAAAUUAUUAAGAGGUUUAAUUUCUAUCGUAGAUCAAGUGAGCCGUAUGAAAGACGACCUGAAUAAUAGAAUAAAUACCGAGCUUCAGACUUAUAAUUUAUUCAUUCUUCCUCCCGAAUUAUACGAGAGCAAUUUAUUGCCUUGCAAAACGUACUUCGAGGAGAUACAGAAUCGAAGAACAGAGUUACUCACCGCGAUGAGAAAGGCCUAUCAAUCGACAAGUCCAACAUUGAUAAAAUUAGAAAAUUUAGUAUUGGGAACAUCCACAGGAAGCAACUCUGCCAUGCAACUUUUCUAUGAAAAAUACGAGAAGAAAAUAUUCUCUUCGUUUAUAAUGAGAUGUAUGAGCAUGAAUCUGAUGCAUUUCAACAAAUCAUUGAUGUCGAAUAAACCACUGUUUCAAGUGGACGCUGUGCUGAUAUCUUCAGAGGUCGUUCUAAGACCAUCUCCUGGAGACAUUUACAACAUCAUUCUUCAGAAUGUGAAGAAUCUAUUGGAGUCGUUAAAAUUAUUCCCUAGAUGGAUGAAUGGGACUUGUCUGGAUUGCAAACCUCACAAACGAAGCAAUAGUGAUCAGUACACAAGCAUUACUUUCUUCGAAGAUGUGAUGAGCAUUCAAAUAGUGAAUGAUAAUAUACUAACGAUUCAAGGGUCAGCGCACAGACUGACGUUAGAAUGUUGGCACUAUCUGAUAAGAUGGAGAAAAUACAGUAAUCUAUGGACAUUCGAUAAAAACUUGGCCGCGAAGAAGUUUGCAGCGACGGAACCAACGCUCUUUCACUACAACGAGAAGUUCACUUUCUACGACAACAUUCUCGACGAGGUGAACGAGAUGGAAACUCGUCAUGAUCUCUACUGCAUACGGUAA